AAUUAAAUUUCUCAUUCAAAAUCUCUGAUCCUAUCUAUGUUUACGUUCUUUGCAUGCUUCCCUUUUGAAAAAGGUAUUUAUGUAUAUCUUAUUAUAUAUGAUCUCUUCAGUUACUAUGAAUAUACAUACUUAGUUAUUUUCAAUAUAAAUACAAAAUACUCUUCAGCAAUUAGCAUGUAACCAAUCUUUGAUUCUUCUGCUGAGUUUUCUUUGGAAAGAGGGUUUCGAAGAACGAAAAGAGAUUUGUUUUGUUCUUGGAGUCAGUGAUACUUGAAAUCAAUGGCAAUUCAGCAGUUGUAUUCGGAAAAUCUUGAAUUUCCUUCAAACGGAGAUGAAGAUUUUAUAGAAAAUUCUUGUGGAUCGAAUCUAUUCUUUUUGAAUACUCAACAACAACAAUUCAUGCAGUUGCAAAAUUUCUCUCAGAAAAAUCAGAAUUUUUCGCUUGACAAUUCUUUUUCUCUGAGUCUUGUCAACGAGAUUGAGAAACAGAAGCUCGAGAUUGAUCAGUUUGUAACCUUACAGAAUGACAGAUUGAGAUUAGCUUUGCAAGAGCUGAGAAAGCAGCAAAUAUCUUAUUUCUUGAAAAAAUCCGAAUUAAAGACGCAAUUUUUACUCCAACGUAAGGAUGAAGAAAUCGCGAAAGCAGUUAACAAAGCAAUGGAGCUUGAAAAUUUGGUGAGAAGAAUGGAGACUGAGAAUCAAACGUGGCAAAGAGUGGCCAAGGAAAAAGAAGCAAUGGUCAUGUCAUUGAAGAACACAAUUGAACAUCUCAGAGAGAGUCAUUUGCCAAACAAUAACGUGGCAGAAGAUGCAGAAUCAUGUUGCGACAUAAUCGAAUACGAAGAAGAAGAUGGAGAACGGAGAAUGAGGAAUAUGGUUUGUCAAAGAUGCAAUUAUCGUAAUUCUAGUGUAAUUAUACUGCCCUGUAGGCACCUUUGUUCAUGCAAAGAUUGUCAUGCUUUUCUCAAAUCAUGCCCUGUCUGUAGAACGGCAAAGAAAGCAAGCAUAGAGGCUUUGUUUUGAUCUCUUUCUUUCUUUUCUUUUUCUUUUUUUUCUUUGUUCUAAGAUAAUGAAAGAUUUUGCUCCCAAUUUC